CUAUAUUUAGGCUUACACAUUAGAAAAAUUUGAUGAAUCAAAGUGCUUAGAUUAACAGUUCCAAAAGUAAAAAAUGGACAAAGACAGUCUGAGGUAGUAUUUCCCAUCAAAAAAUAAUGUUACAAGGCCUAACACCACGUCACCACCGUGAGGACCGAGGAAGACGAUGAUAUCCGUUUGCUCAAUCAACCCCCAAAUGAAGCAGUCGUUCGUCUUCCUCCCCUCCCACAAAUCUCCCCUUCCAAAUCCAUUCUCAAAAGCCAGUCCUCAUCUCCCCUCUCCGUUGACGUUCAGUUCAACCCGCUCUCUCUUCGCUUUCACCUCGAAUUCAUCAACAACCAUGGCCGCCGCCGAGCCUUCCCAGGUGACCGCCGCCGCUACUGCUCCCAGUUCUUCAAUGAAGCUCCUUUUUGUGGAAAUGGGCGUUGGAUACGAUCAACAUGGACACAGUCUUGUUAUUUUAUCGUUGACCAAUCCUCUUGUUGUAUUCCAUCAUAAGUUUCUUGUGGUUGAAGCAGGAUUUAUACCUGGUGUUACAUUUGAUGAGAUGAAGCUUGAGAUUAAAUUGGGUGUUCCACGAUCUCUCCAACACAUGCUAGACGUUGUGAAGGUCAAAUCGGUCUUUCCAUAUGGAAAAAUUACAAAUGUUGAGGUUGUUGAUGGCGGACUAAUAUGCUCAAGCGGUGUACAUGUUGAAGAGAUGGGAGAUAAGAAUGACGAUUGUUAUAUAGUAAAUGCAGCUGUUUAUGUUGGUUAUUGAUCUUUUUUACAUUCUUAAAGGUCAGAUCUAUUCUCUCCAUUACUGUUUUUUGCGUGCCAACUUCAUAUGAAAUGAAAUUCAAUGCCUUAAAUUUCUGUUAUAUAUAAAGGAUGAAAAAUUAGCAAGGAUAUCUUAUGUGUGAGGGAUGGAUGAAGAUAACUGAUUGCUUGUGUAUACAUCUUUGUAUGAAUGAUCAUAUAAACUGUGGAUGUACUU